CUCGGACAUUUGGUUACCUUGUAUAGAAUAUUGGUCUUCUCUCCCCCCCUGGCCCUCGGUCUUCUUCUGUACUUACGCGACUUGUUCCGCCGCCCCGGGCCUUGGGAAUGGAUUUGGUUCAUGUCUGCUGACAGACAUCUUGGAGAAUCCUGUCGUCCUUCGUCCUCCCCCGCAGUUUGUUGGUCCUGCACCUCCGCAUCUCCGCAUCUCCGCCGUGCCUGCGUCGUGAAGGAGAAACAUAUUGCACCAAUGACAGCCGCUCGCUCGACCCCCGUCAGGUGCUUGUGCAGGUAUUCAAGCUUCGCCGAGAUUGAGUCUUCAUGAACCUCGGGCUGCAUCAUGCCGACGCGGAUUGCACAAUCGAAUCCAUCAUGCUUUAUAAGACCGAGCUCGUCUCUAGGCAGCCCUCCCCCAGCCCAGGUCAUCGGGGUAAAAUCGACAUUUGCAGCUAUGGACUUCUCACGCGUCCUCCUGGCCUUGUGCUUUCUUCUGACUGUAUCCAUUUCUAGCGCCUACGAUAGCCCCCUCGUCACCCUUGACUAUGGAACAUUCCAAGGUGCCUACGACGCGACAUACAACCUCUCCUACUUUCGCAAAAUCCCCUUCGCAGCACCUGCAACCGGCGAGAACCGCUUUCGAGCCCCCCAACCCCCGCUAAAAAUCACCAAUGGCACCUAUGACACCGACCAAUCCUUCGACAUGUGCCCUCAACGGACUGUCAACGGCUCCGAGGACUGCCUGUACCUAGGCCUCUACUCCCGGCCCUGGGACACCACCUCCUCUACCACCACCAACCGCCCCGUCCUCGUCGUCUUCUACGGCGGUGGUUUCAUCGAAGGCAGCGCUCUCUUCGGCAUGCCCCCCAACUCAUACCCCGUCCUCAACGCCAGCACUCUCAACGAUUACGUCGUCGUCUACCCCAACUACCGCGUCAACGCCUUCGGCUUCCUACCCGGCCAAGCCAUCAAAGACUCGUCCACCUCCGACCUGAACCCGGGCCUCCUUGACCAGCAAUACGCCCUGAAAUGGGUACAAUCCCACAUCCACAAAUUCGGUGGCAAUCCCAACAACGUCACCAUCUGGGGUCAAUCCGCUGGCGGCGGAUCCGUCGUCGCCCAAGUCCUCGCCAACGGCCGCGGCUCUAACCCCAAACUCUUCUCCAAAGCCCUCGCCAGCUCGCCCUUCUGGCCCAAAACAUACGCCUACAACGCCCCGCAAGCUGAAGCAAUCUACACCCAGCUCGUCGAUCUCACCGGCUGCGCCAACGCAUCGGACACGCUCACCUGUCUGAAAACCGUCGACGUCCAAUCCAUCCGUGACGCAAGCCUCAUCAUCGACGACAGCCACACCUACACCACGAGCUCCUACACCUGGGCCCCCGUCAUUGACGAUGUCUUCCUCAUCGAGCCCCUCACCACCGCCAUCGACUCCGACUCCCUCGACACAGACCUCAUCUGGGGCAUGUACAACGCCCACGAAGGCCAGAACUUCAUCCCUUCCGGCCUCGACUCCACCUCCUCCGAUGGGUUCAACUCCUCCCUUGCCAGCUUCCACGAUUGGCUAACAGGGUUCGUGCCCGGCCUCUCCUCAACGGAUAUCGAUCUCAUCGAAUCAACCUACUACCCCGUCUCCGGGAGCGCCGAAACCCUCACAUACAACACCACUUAUGUCCGCGCCGGCCUCGUAUUCCGAGAUCUUGUCCUCGCCUGUCCAGCCUACUGGGUUGCCUCGGCAGCCAACAAACGGGGCUAUGUAGGCGAAUACAUCAUUCCUCCGGCCACACAUGGGAGUGAUACUGUCUGGUGGGACACCGUGAACUCAGACCAGGAAACCGAUCCCCUCAUCUACAAAGGCUACGCGGGAGCAUUCGGGAGUUUCUUCCAAACGGGUGACCCGAACGCACACAAAUUAACGAAUGCGUCCGAGCCCGGCGUCCCCGAACUACAGGACACCGGGGCCGAGUUUGUGAUUGCGACUGAUGGGUUCGAGAAUGUCGAUCUGACACAGUUGAAGAAGAGAUGUGCGUUUUGGAAAUCGGUUGGGAAGGAUAUUCCGAUUUGAUUGUAUCUAACUAUCUAUCUGUCCGUCUGUCUAUCUAUCUAGGUAAGGAUGAAUGAGGAUGAAGGGGAAUGGGUGAUAUGUGGGUGAAGUGAGGUGAUACUAUACAAUUAUAAUACAAAGUACAUCCGU